AUGGCUUACAACGCCAUGGUGCUGCCGAACAUGGCAGCAGCCACCACGGAACUAUGGCCCUCAAUCGCAAACACCGUCAUGGUUCCCUGGAGAGGCUCGACUUCUCCUCUCCCCCGCCGGUUUCCCUCAUCCAAGGACAACGUCGAGCAGUCUGUCGCAAGGACCAAGGUCGCUGAGCCUCAACACGCUGCCGAAACCCAGCUCCCCGACUUUCUUCGACGAGUGAACUUUGGCUCUCUUGCCUCGCGCGCAGGAAUCGAUGCGAUGAAGCCGACUACUGCACAAACCACCAUCUCCAGCCUCGGCCGGGUAGGCCUCCAGGCGUCCAACCCCAUUCUGCGACAUCCUUACUUUCAACCCCGCGCUGCGUCGUCUCCUUCGAUCAUCCGUCCGUUUAUGCGAUCGUCCCCCGGUAUCUUGUCAUCUUCUCGUGGUAUCUCUACUUUUGGUUCUCUGAACGCUCAGCGACGAGGAUUUGGAACUUCUAAUGGAAUUUCUCGCAACCAACUCGCGACUCUUGAGGAAUCUGCCAACCGAAACCCUGGCAAUGCGAAUGCGCAGAAUGCUUUCUACCAACUUCUACUCCGAGCCAACAUGCCUGCUAUUCUCGUUGAGCGAUACCAAUCUGGACGAUUCGCAACCAACCCCGCAACUGACGAUGCCUACCGAAAGGCCCUUGCCCUGCUCGGGGCCAGUGCUUCCUCGGCUGCUAACCCGACUGUGGCCUCUACCGGAAACAACCAGUGGCCUACCUUUGAGCAUGCCGUUGCCAACGCUGCUGUGGGCGGGUCUGGAGUCGCCCCCAACGCCAUGGGUGGCAAGGGCGAGCCCAUUCACGUCAUUGUUCAGGAGUCUACCCGAUCCGUCAUCUUCCGCUGGUUCAAGUUUCUCGCUGUUUUUGUUGUCAUCACCUACCUCUGUUUCGCCGCUGUCACGAUCGUGAUUGAGACGCUCAGCACUUACCGUCGCGGACCCGGUGCCAAGCAGGACUCUGAAGUCAAGGCCGAAAAGCAAACCACCCGAUUCAGCGAUGUCCACGGCUGCGAUGAGGCCAAGGAGGAGCUUCAGGAGGUUGUCGAGUUCCUCAAGAACCCUGAGAAGUUCAGCGACCUUGGUGCCAAGUUGCCCAAGGGUGUUCUGCUGGUUGGCCCUCCCGGUACUGGAAAGACGCUUCUUGCUCGAGCCGUUGCUGGUGAAGCCGGUGUUCCCUUCUUCUACAUGUCUGGUAGUGAGUUUGACGAGAUCUUUGUGGGUGUCGGAGCCAAGCGAGUUCGCGAGCUCUUCACCGCUGCCAAGUCCAAGUCUCCCGCCAUUGUCUUCAUUGAUGAGCUUGACGCCAUUGGAGGCAAGCGAAACCCGAGGGAUCAGGCUCACGCCAAGCAAACUCUGAACCAGCUGCUCACCGAACUGGAUGGAUUUGACCAGGAAACCAAGAUUAUCAUCAUUGGAGCCACCAACCUGCCCACGAUGCUCGACAAGGCCCUUACUCGCCCCGGACGUUUUGACCGUCAUGUCAAUGUUGAACUUCCCGAUGUUCGUGGCCGAAUUGCGAUUCUCAAGCACCACGCGAAGAAGAUCAAGGUUUCUCCUGACGUUGACCUGGAGGCUAUCGCUGCCCGCUGCCCCGGCCGAUCCGGUGCUGAGCUUGAGAACAUGCUCAAUGUUGCGGCUCUCCGAGCAAGCCGAGCCAAAGCCACGAUGGUUUCGAAGCAGGACAUGGACUGGGCAUUUGACCGUGUGACAAUGGGUUCCGAGCGCAAGUCGAUGGUUGUCACGGAAAAGGAAAAGGAAAUGACGGCGUACCAUGAGGCCGGUCACGCUCUUGUUCAGCUCUUUGACAAGGAAAGCUCCAGCACCCUGUACAAGGUCACGAUUCUCCCCAAGGGUCCUUCUCUGGGUCACACAGCACAGCUUCCUCAGAUGGACAAGUACUCUUACACUGCUGCCGAAUACAUGUCCAACAUCCGAGUGUUGCUCGGAGGCAAGAUGGCUGAGGAGAUGCGAUAUGGUGACGACAAGGUCACGUCGGGUGUCUCAUCGGAUUUGGAGCGAGCGACCGAUCUCAGCUUCAUGAUGGUGACCCUCUUUGGCAUGUCGAGCGCUCUAGGCCCUGUCGAAUAUGGCAGGAGAUACGAGAAUCUCAGCUCAGCGACCAAGGCUGCGAUUGAGGGCGAGGUCCAAAAGACAUUGAGAAAGUCAUACGAGGAUGUCAGACACCUGCUCACAGAGAAGCGAAAGGAACUGGACUUGUUGGCCAAGGCUCUGGUUAAGUACGAGACGCUGGACAAGUCUGAGGUGGAGAAGGUGAUACGGGGCGAGUCCCUCCCCGGCCGGGUGGUGGUACCCAAGGGACCCCUGACGUUACCCAUCCCACAAGAAACCCCUACACCCCCAGGCCUGGGCGGUGUUGGCCAACCUCAACCUCCGGAGACACCGGCACCCCCAGCGGCGGCGGAGACAUCCGAUACCAACAGCUGA